AUGGAAGAGAUGGUCUUCAGGCAAGAGGCAUACACCCCAAACCCUAGCCCUUCCCGGGUCGCCAUGCACAAGCACUCGCGCGCCAUCUCCAAGGCGAACGGCAAGCCCAAGGUACGCAUCGUCCACAUCUUCGCGCCGGAGAUCAUAAAGACCGACGUGGAGAACUUCCGCGAGCUCGUCCAGCGGCUCACGGGGAAGCCCUCCGAGAGAGACCGCGCGAAGAACAAGCCGAGGAGGGUCGCCAGAGGGGUCGACCGACGACGACGACGACGGAGGAGUACUGGCCACCGAUCGCCACCGGAGUCGGCUGGGACGCAGAGGAUCGCGAAGAGGAAGCGCGGGUUCGGGACGGCGAUUCGGAGCAAGGAGCGAGGAUGA